UGACUAUAGACUAUAGACUAUAGAGUAUAGACUCCCCAAAGUUUUCGUGUAUUUUGUUGUCUUGAAAAGUUAUUUAUAAUGACUCUUGGUACAAUUUAUUAUGGAAAGUUAUCAAACCGAAUAUGACAAGGACGGUUUAUUGUCUGAGACUUUUUGGAGGACUCCACAAAGAGCGGUUCCAGGCAGGCCUUUGCAGAGAAUCGCUCAAAACGAGGUUAUGUCUGGGUCAUCUUAUCAACAAUUUCAGGCGUCUGUGAACGAUGCCUGGGAUUUGGGGGAUGACGAGAUCAUCUCCGGAAUUGCGGAGACUAAAAUAUCGAAAGCCAUAUCACAGUCUGUAGCUUUAAAUGUAAUAAAUUCACAUCGUAAUAGUACUAAGAACGUAAACAGAAGUGACGUCAAGAUCGAAACAGAAACUGUGAAGCCGCAAGAAGAGGCGGUUGCAGUAAAAAAGAAUGAAGUUAAAAAGAUUGGAGGCAGUUCUAGCGCAUCAGGACCGAUUCGGCACUAUCCAGGCCGCCCGCGGGCUGUCCGACCAUCAGCUUUAAUUUCCCGUGAAGAAAGUAGCGAAUCUAAAUUAGAAAGAUUCCAACAAGUACUGGAAAGCUCUGUUCUUGAUCUGAAUGAGUUAAAACAUCUCAGCUGGUCAGGAAUACCAGUUAAGGCCAGGGCUGUAACUUGGAGGCUUUUAGCGGGUUAUCUUCCGGCAAACACUGAACGUAGAGCAGAGACAUUGGAUAGUAAGAGAGCAGAUUACAAACAUCUAGUAAGGCAGUAUUAUGAUGCCGAGAGAGAAGAGGAGACAUAUAGACAAAUACAUAUUGAUAUUCCUAGGAUGAGCCCAUUGGUAGCUUUGUUCCAACAGAGCACUGUACAGGUAAUGUUUGAACGCAUCCUCUACAUUUGGGCAAUCAGACACCCUGCAUCUGGUUAUGUCCAAGGAAUUAAUGAUCUGGUGACACCAUUCUUCAUGGUUUUUCUUCAAGAAGCAGCUCCUAAUAAAGAGUUGGAUAACCUUCCUUUAGACUCAUUGAGUGAGGUGCAAAGAGACAUAAUUGAAGCUGACUCUUUUUGGUGCCUGUCUAAAUUCCUUGAUAGCGUACAAGAUAAUUAUAUUUUUGCACAGCUUGGUAUUCAGUAUAAGGUUAAUCAAUUAAAGGAACUAAUAAGACGUAUAGAUUUACCACUUCAUGAGCACUUACAAACCCAUGGUGUAGAUUAUCUCCAAUUUUCAUUCCGGUGGAUGAACAACCUUCUUACAAGAGAGAUCCCUCUUCCCUGCACUAUUCGACUUUGGGACACGUAUCUUGCGGAGUCCGAUGGCUUCGCUAUUUUCCAGCUUUACGUCUGCGCAGCAUUUCUACUGCAUUGGAGAGAAAGACUGAUGCAAGAACGCGAUUUUCAGGGGCUUAUGAUUUUACUACAAAACGUUCCCACACAAAAUUGGACUGAUUCAAAUAUAAGCAUGCUCGUAGCUGAAGCAUACAGGUUAAAAUUUGCCUUUGCCGACGCGCCGAACCAUUUGCACAACGCGGGAAAAUCCGACAGAUGACGGGAGCAAUGAUUAUCUAUGGUCGUUAACGCCAUAAUCAUGCCAUUUUUCCUAUGCUAAAGCUUUAUGUGGAGAGGUUUUUUUGAUUAAAUAAAAAUGGCAACAAAAUGAGGGACCGAAUUCGGCGAACAGCAGGGUAAUUUAACCUUGGUAAGCUUUAAGUAUUUUUCUUUUUGGUGGUUGAUUAGGCCUAAAAAUUAAAUAGGCCGUGCGCUCAUGUAUAAAGACCUUUUUUGUCUAUCGUUUAUAUGUAUUUUAUGAGUAUGUUACUUUAGUUAUAUUUUAUAGAAUUACGUUUAUAAAGUGUUUAUUACGUCAUAACAAAUAAAA